AUGGUGGUGUUCAACGACGAUGAGAACCCUGCCAGUACCUUGAAUAAAGGGAGCACCAAGGGGCUGGUAAAGAUCCAAAAGCCGGCGUACAGCAGGGACGACGUGGCGCUGACGGCCGACGAGGUGACGGCGGUGAUAGAGCUGAACGCCGCGCCCAGCGCCGUCGUCAGGGAGGGGCUGGACCUUGUGGUGGUGCUGGAUGUGAGCGGCAGCAUGAAGGGGCCAAAGUUCGACGGCAUGAAGAAGUCGAUGCAGUUCGUGAUCAUGAAGCUCACCCCCGUGGACCGCCUCUCCGUCGUCACCUUCUCCAACAGCGCCAAAAGGCACUGCCCGCUGCGCUCCAUGACCGAGGCCGCCCAGAAGGACCUCAUGGCCAUCGUCGACGACCUGGAGGCCCAUGGCGGGACCAACAUCAAGAGUGGCCUCGAGCUCGCGCGGCAGGUCGUCGCCGAACGCUCCACCAAGAAGUCCCGCACCGCCAACGUCUUCCUCAUGUCCGACGGUGAGCAGAGCGCCGGCGAAGCCACGGAUGUCGAUCUUGGCAAUGCCAGCGUCUACACCUUCGGCCUCGGCAAGAAAACAGAUCACAAGCUGCUCAACGCCAUCGCCAAGAAAUCCCCCGGCGGCACGUUCAGCACGGUGCGGGACGGGGCGAACCUCACCAGGCCCUUCUCCCAGAUGCUGGGUGGCCUCCUCACUGUGGUGGCGCAGGACGUGAAGCUCACACUCACGCCCAAGACCGAGGAGGAUGGCCUGAAGGCGAUGGUGGUGCCCGCCGACACCGAUUACACGCAGACCACGGACAGCGCCACCGGCGUCAUCACCAUCAACUUCGGCACCCUCUUCAGCGGGGAGUCGCGCAAGGUCACCGUCACGAUGACGCUCUCGGACUGCGCCGCCGGCACCACGCGCCACGACGCGGUCCUGGCCGAGGCGCAGCACAGCUACACCGCCCAGUCCGUCGUGCACGGCCUCCAGACCCCCGAGAACCUCAAGAUCUACCGCACCCAGAACCCGGCCACCGUCGCCGGGAGCAAGGCGCGCUGGGUGCUGGCCGAGCUGGCGCGCCGCCGCCAGGCCCAGGCCAUCAGGGACUCCAUGGCACUGGCGGAAGCCGGCGACCUCGACGGCGCACGUUACAAGCUUGUGGACGCGCAGAACGCGCUGGAGGACCUCGUGCUCGACGACGGCCAGAAGCUCAUCGACUCGCUCCGGGCCGAGCUCGCGCAGCUCAUCAAGCUCAUGGCCACCAAGGAGCUCUACGAGGCGCAGGGCCGCCCCUACGCGCUCGCCUCCGACACCUCCCACGCCCGCCAGCGCUACGCCGACAGGGGCGACGAGACCGACGCCGUCCGCCUCUUCGCCACCGCGCGCAUGGACACCUACCUUAAGCAGGCCAAGCAGUUCGACAGUGACCCCACCAAGCCGCUGCCCUCCGCCGCCGACGACGUCAAGGAAGAGAUCGCCGCCAACCCCAUGGCAGCCUUCUCCUCCGAGCUCGCCGUAUACCUCCAGAAGGCAAUCGAGGCUCUGCAGGCCAUCGAGAAGAUGAUCAACCCCACCACCACCACCUAG